GGAGAACUUCACCAAAAAGAAACACAAUUCUUGCGGCGGCGAGGUUUGAAAUCCCGAAACCUGUUUAUUUUAAAACUUAUUUGAUAAUUUCUAUAACAUUAUCAAAUAUGGUUGAAGCGCAAAAGUUUAGAAUCGAGCAAGAGAUGACCAAUUUGGUAAAUGAACUGGACAGAAGUUAUUUACGCCGAAUGCAGGGUGACAUGCACAGGUGUGCUUCGAGAUGUUGUGAUGAUCAGGAAUCUUCACUGGAGAGGGUUCAUGGCUGCAUAGAUAAUUGUACAUUACAGCUGAACCAGGCUAACAACUAUGUACAGAAUGAGAUAAACCAUCUCCAGAACAGACUGCAGCGCUGCGUGAUGGAUUGCAACGAUGCAGCGAGGGACAGGCUGGGGCCUGAUCCUAGUCAAGAAACUGUGGACAAGUGUACGAUAGAAUUUGAAAAGUGUGCAGUGAAAUGUGUCGAUAAGCACAUCAGUAUAAUUCCAAAUAUGAUGAAGACCAUGAAAAAAGUGUUGGCAAGUGGAAAACCACCACCAAUGAACAAAGAAUAAAUAUAUUCACUCAGUAUCCAUUAUAGGUGACAAAAUAUUUAUAAACAUUUGACAAUCAACGUUGAAGAGAAUAUUGUGUUCAAAGUCUUUAGCCAAACAUUGCUAUUUUGCACUGUAUAUGGUUAUUGUAAUUGAUAACACUAUUAUUAGUACAUAUUGUAAGACAAAAUUUUUGUCUAGCAAUAAUAUUAAAAACUACUUAACAGAGUGUGUAUUUAAUGCAAUCAUGACAAUAAAUACUUAGAGUCUAUAGCAAUACAAAACAAAAGUGUGUCAUUAGUAAAUGAUUACGAUUUAUUUCCGAAUGAGUAACUUACUGAAGCACACUGACAAUACAUAAAAUUUUAAUUUUAUGUAUUGUUAAAGAUUCCAUGAACAAAGAGUGCAGCUUUCUUCAUAUACACGGCUAAUGUCAGAUUGUUUUAAAGCAGUAUAUGUGUGAGUAUGUAGCAACAAGCUUAUCUACCAUAUGUAGUAGAUAUUUUUGGAACAUUUCUAUGCUAGUAGUGUAUAUAAUCAAAGGAGUGUAGAAAGUUGACAUAUUUAUUAUAUAAUUAUGCAUUGAAACAUAUUAUUUUAAUAAAAUAAACUUACUUCCAUGCAUUUCACAUGCACAAUGACUUUCAGAGAAGACCUUGAAUGAUUAAAUCAAUCAAUCAAUCUAAUUUGUUUGUUCAAAUAUGAGUACAUAAUAUGGUGUUAGAUAAUUAUAAUGUCUAUUAAUAUUUUACCCAAUAUGGGUGUGAAACAAAAUAUGUAUAGGUAUGUAUCUAUAAAACAAAAUCCGAAAUUGUCACAAAUCAAUAACUUAAAGUAUAUUAGCAGAAAUUAUAAUAAAUAAUUCUUCCAAGCAAACUAAUGUUAAUGUAUUUUGUUAACACUGUUAUGCCACCACUUCACUUGGCUAUUUGUGAACUUGACAACAUUAUGUCCGUAUCAUCAGAGGCGUCUUUCCCAUAGGAGCGCUGGGCCCUAGGGGGCGCCAGCGGAGCCAAGCGUUCAUCUUACCUUACCUAACUACGUUUUACGUUUUUCUAAUCAACUCGGUUAAUAGACCAGGGUCGAUGUUUUGAGACCAAAAAAAAUUAUAGUAGGAUGAAACCCAUUAGAAAAGGUAGAGAAUAUAACAAAAAUGAAGGGAAAAAUAAAUUACGGGCGAUCUGAGGUCGGGAAUGGGGAAGGGGGUGAGUUUUUAAGGGUAAAAAAUGGUUAAUCUCGAUUUCCGGUAAAACUGCAAG